AUGCCUCCGGAUUUCGAGGGAUCAUUCCAAAAUCCGGAGAAACUACCCGAAGUGGGAGAUUGUCCUGCUCCACUUCCGAGCGGAGGGGAGGAGCAGUCUCAUCUUCAAGGCGAGCCACGCCCUGGGAGAUGGGUAAAAUUAUUAGCAAAAGCCCCCUUCCUCAUGGUGCACACGGUGGUGUCCAGUUUAACCUUAGAUUUAACGAGACACCCAUUCCGCGAAGGGAAACAGGCCGCCCCCACAACGACCCCCUCGGAGGUCAUGCACUACGCAAAAGAGUCCAUGGAUUUGGCACGAUUUAAACAAAUAUCGAAAUCCAGUGGGUGUAAACUCUCCGCCAUUUUCAUGUCCGUGUUCCUCACCACGUUUCGACGAUGGGUCGCAGAGACGCCAAGAUUUCGGGGGAAGUCAUCGACCUCUGACCAAGUGUUUCUCUGCGAGGAAGCCCCACUCAUGUUUAUCCUUCCCGCUCCAAAUCAUCCCGCGGAUAAGGGUGUCUUCUGCAAUCAUGCCUUACUUUGCUUCAUCCCUGUCCCCUUGAGAGAAAACGAUAAGCUCAAACAGCUCCAAACUAUUCACCAGCGAUACCAGAUGGAGCAAGGGUCCCCCCAUGGAACGGCAAGUUUACUCUUGAAAUCCGUCUUUGGGCCUUUAAUCCCCAUCACCCUUUUGGACUUUGGUGCUCGGAUGGGGUCACACGAGGGCUUCGAACUUGCCGUGAAUCCAUUCAUGAUGUCCCACGAAAAGUAUGAAGUGGUUGGCGUUGGGGUUAAGGAACUCUUCGUUAUGCAACAUUCGGAAUUCCCAAUCGUCCCGAUAGGAGUGGGAAUUACCCCCUUAACGGCUGGAGGUCAAGUCACCAUCUGUCUGCAGGGGGAUGACGAAAUCUUCCAGGACUCUGCGGAGGCAGAAUUGUUCCUCAAAAACUUUGUCGAGGAGGCCCACUCUUUGGGGGAGGAGGUGGAAAAGUGUGCCUAUAAUAUAAACCUUGUGUGCGUAUAA